CCAACUUGCUAGCUUCGACCAAGGUGGGAGGGACCUUCGCUAGGCCUCCCUCCGUCAACUUUGAGGCUGUGGGAUUCUUCUAACUCUGUACUCUUCCCCAUACAAGCUUAGACACGAUGGCUCCUAUCGAGUUUGCCUACUGGGUGCCCAACAUCAAGAAGGGCCUUGUCAACACGUCGAUCCCGCAGCGGACCAACAACUCGCUCGAGUACAAUGUCAAGCUUGCGCAGAUCGCCGAGGAGAAGGGUUUCACCUUUGCUUUGACGCAGAUUCGCUUCAUGGCCGCUGGGGAUGACAGCCAGUACGAGUCCGUCUCCUUCUCCCAGGCUAUCCUGAGCAAGACUGAGCACCUGAACGUCAUCGCCGCCAUCCUGCCUGGCCCAUGGCACCCCGCACUCGCGGCCAAGAUCUUCGGCUCGAUCGACCACUACGUGGGCGGCCGUCUGUCGAUCAAUGUCGUGUCUGGCUGGUGGAAGGACGAGCAGACGCGGAUGGGUGUCGAGUGGCCCGAGCAUGACAAGCGCUACACGCGCACCAAGGAGUUUAUCCGCUCGAUCCGCGGCCUGUGGAACGAGAACGAGUUCUCGCUCAAGGGCGAGUUCUACAACUUUGACAAGUACACGAUGGAGCCCAAGCCCACGUUCCGCGUGAGCCCGUCGUCGACGAGCACCAACCACGGCACGCUCGACAGCGCCGAGCCGCCCAAGGAGGGCCGCCGCGGCCCCAUCAUCUUCAUGGGCGGCAACUCGGCUGCCGCGCGCCGCCUGGGCGGUACCGACACCGACUGGUUCUUCUUCAACGGCAACGACGACGACCACUUUAGGCGCUGGAUCAUCGAGGUGCGCGAGAAUGCGCGCCAGGCUGGGCGUCGCAUCCGUGUUGGAAUCAACGGCUUCGUCAUCGCCAAGCCUACCCACACCGAGGCGUACGUUCGCCUUAACGAGAUUGUCGCCGGCGCCGACGAGGAGAAGCUCAAGGAGUUCAUGAAGCGGUUCGAGGAGGCGGGCAAGUCGUCGCCCGAGGGCGAGGGCAUGUGGGCCAACGCGUCGCUCAAGGACAUUAUCCAGGGCAACGAGGGCUUCCGUACCGGCCUGAUCGGGAGCUACGACCAGGUCGCGCGGCGCAUCAUCGCGCUCAAGGCCUUGGGCGCCGACCUGAUCCUCACGGCCUUCCUGCACUUCCAGGACGAGGUCGCCGAGUUUGGCGACCACGUGCUCCCCCUCGUCAGGCAGUACGAGCAGGAGGCGAUCGACAGCGGCGAGUACGAGGCGUGGCCUACGUACGAGAACUACCCCGUCGACCCGGAGAAGGCGGCCAAGUUCAAGCCCGUCGGAGACGGCAACACGACCGACCACUUUGCGCUCGCGGAGCAGAUCGCCGCCGAGGUCGCUGCUGCCAACGCUGCUGAGAAGAAGCGCGAGGGGGAGAACGGCGACGACGGCGUCGCCAACGGCCACGACGCCAAGCGCGUCAAGGUGUAA